UUGUAUUGUAUUCCAUUAUAUUGUAUUACAGUGUAUUGAAUUUGUGUAUUUCCUUUGUGUCAUAUAUACAGUAGAAUUCCAAUGCAAAUGGACAAUACAAAGUAUGUUGCAUCAUACAAGCUCAAUGCAACAUUGACAGCAACUAAAUGGUGGCUAGAAUCCAACAAAAUAUCAUGCUGCUGAGUGUCGCAAAUUGAGUUGAACAAUGUUAGCCUUAGCUCAUGAGUCAUCACCACAUUGGUCAUCAUGACCCACUUAACUUUAUGCCUGUCCGUUAAACUGCUUAUAGGGAGGAGACUAGUGAUCCUCCAGUCUACUAGAAGUGUUGGUCUAAUUCAAAAGAGAGAUUUUACUGCUCAGUGUUAUUGUUUAGCGUUACUGUACGCUGAGCGGCUGCUACAGCCUAUUCAUUGUGCAAACCUCGUGAAGAUCACUUUGGCGUCACCUUGUCCAGCUCCAAGCUACCUUUCCGCUCCACGAGAAGCGCGCGGGACAGUUGCUCGGCAACUCUGACGCAAGCUUGACGUUAAUUAAGUGUGUUUUAGUUUAUUAUGGCAGGAGAAGAUUUCCAGCCGAGUUUGAGUUACAGAGGUUGUGUGGAUUAUUGCAUACCAGAUUUAUCCCCUGUUAACAAAAUAUGAGGAACAAAUCGUCUGUGCGCAGUUCUUAGGAAAGUAGCCUGGGUGCUGUUCUAGAACGGCGGAGGAUUCCAACAACAUAGGUGGAUGUAUUGAACUGUAGAUUUUCUCUGAAGGUUUAUCCAGUCACUGGGUUCCUCUGCACCAUGGUGGUUUUAUCAGAUGGCUCUCCCCUGAGCCAGCCAUGCCCCGGGGGGCCGGUUCAGGUCGGUUUCUACGAGAUCAUCAGGACGCUGGGGAAGGGAAACUUCGCUGUAGUUAAACUGGCUUGUCACAAAGUCACAAAAACCCAGGUGGCCAUUAAAAUCAUUGAUAAGAAGAGACUGGAGCCCUCUGACCUGAAGAAGAUCUACAGAGAGGUCGAGGUGAUGAAGCUUCUCAACCAUCCGCACAUUAUCAAGCUCUAUCAGGUCAUGGAAACUAAGGACAUGUUGUACAUGGUGAUGGAGUAUGCCAGGAACGGAGAGAUGUUUGACUACCUGUUGUCGUUGGGGCGGCUGAGUGAGAGUGAGGCUCGCAGGAAGUUCUGUCAGAUCCUGUCAGCGGUGGACUACUGCCACAGCAACCACAUCGUCCACAGAGACCUGAAGGCUGAGAACCUUCUGCUGGACUCCAACAUGGACAUCAAAGUAGCAGACUUUGGUUUUGGGAACUUCUUCAGUGAAGGACAAUUUCUGUCCACCUGGUGUGGGUCCCCUCCCUACGCCGCUCCAGAGGUGUUUGAGGGGAUUGAGUACGAGGGGCCUCCUCUAGACAUCUGGAGUCUGGGCGUGGUGCUGUACGUGUUGGUGUGUGGCGUCCUGCCCUUUGACGGCCCCUCACUCCCCGCGCUCAGACAGAGGGUCCGGGAGGGCCGCUUCAGAAUCCCCUUCUACAUGUCCCAAGACUGUGAGAACCUGGUGAGGAGGAUGUUGGUAAUUGAACCAGCCAAACGGAUCACGGUGGCCCGGAUCAAGAAGCACCGCUGGAUGAAGUCGGAUCCCCCGGCCACGGCAGCCCCUCCAGAGAUGCCCCAGCCGAACCCUGCCCCUGAUGCAGAGCCCUGUCUGGGCGAGAAUUACAGCAAGCCGGUCCUUGGCCUCAUGCAGACCCUGGGCAUCGACCGGCAGAGGACCAUUGAGUCUCUUCAGAGCAGCAGCUACAACCACUUCUCUGCUAUCUAUCGUCUCAUGCUGGAGAAGGUGAAAGAGCUCCGCUCACUCAGACAACCCUCGAGCACCGAAAAGGUGACCCCCAACCCUGACCACGGCACUCUGCUACCGACCUGCAUUAGUGAGGAGGAUCACCAUGGAAACCAGGGGGAGGAGCCACAGGAAGAGGAGCUGCAAGAGGAGGGAGGGGCAGCACCCCUCUCCUUACACCCCUCCUGCAGACACACUCUGGCUGAGGUCUCUGCCCGCCUCCAGCAGUGCAGCCCACCUUGUGUUGUGGUAAACUCAUCUGACCAAGCUUCCUCAGAUAGUUUCUCCUCUUCCUCCUCAUCCUUCUCUGCCAGUCCCAGCCUGUCCAGCCCUAUUGAGGACUCUUAUAUGUUACUUGACACUACUGUGGUUGGCCCUGGGACCUAUAGCCCCACAGAGUCCCCCCUGGCCCUGUCCUCUACCGUGCCCAGCACUGUUGACGGCCCCUAUCAGUUACUGGUCACUACAGGACAUCUGGCCCAGGCACUGUCAUCCACCCUGCAGCCCCCUCCCCAGGACAGCCUCCCCAUACCUAGCUUCCAGGAGGGCCGCCGAGCCUCCGACAUGGACACCGGCACUCUAACACAAGGUCUGAGGGUGUUCCGCCAGCAGUUGAGGAGGGAGGCCAGUGCCAAGGGCCUGCUGGGACUGAACAAGAUGAAGAGCCCCGGGAUCCUGCACGGGUGGUCCCCCCCAGCCUCUGGCUCUGCACCCAGCCCCCCUGCCUGGGGGGGGCGAGACCUGUCCCACUGUGUCCCCACCACACCACUGUCAGAGGAGGGCUUCCAGCAGCAGAAAGUGAUCCAGAUUCCACUGUGCCAAUUCCACCCGACCACACCUGUUCCUCCCCACCACCCCAUGUCUUCCUCCCCGCCACCACACCUCUUCCUGUCUCCUCCCGUCCCUCCUAACGUUCCCGCACCUCCUCGUCCUCCUAUUGGUCUGUUCUCCACACGCACACUGUCACAUGACUUCCUCACACCCUCCCUUCAACAGAACCACUCACUACACCCAGAACUACACCCAGAACUACACCCACAGCCACAACUACAACCACAACUACACCCACAACCACAACUACACCCACAACUACACCUACACCCCAGUUCCCCCACCCGAAACCCCAGUCUCAGCCUAAACUACUGCACCCCCACCCAGACCCCCAGUCUCAACUACUGCACCCCCACCCAGACCCCCAGUCUCAACUACUGCACCCCCACCCAGACCCCCAGACUCAACUACUGCACCCCCACCCAGACCCCCAGUCUCAACUACUGCACCCCCACCCAGACCCCCAGUCUCAACUACUGCACCCCCACCCAGACCCCCAGACUCAACUACUGCACCCCCACCCAGACCCCCAGGCUCAACUACUACACCCCCACCCCCACCCGAAACCCCAGUCUCAACUACUGCACCCCCACCCAAAACCCCAGUCUCAACUACUGCACCCCCACCCCCACCCAAAACCCCAGUCUCAACUACUGCACCCCCACCCAAAACCCCAGUCUCAACUACUGCACCCCCACCCAAAACCCCAGUCUCAACUACUGCACCCCCACCCAGACCCCCAGACUCAACUACUACACCCCCACCCAGACCCCCAGACUCAACUACUACACCCCCACCCCCACCCGAAACCCCAGUCUCAACUACUGCACCCCCACCCAAAACCCCAGUAUCAGCCUAAGCUACUCCACCCCCACCCAGACCCCCAGUCUCAACUACUACACCCCCACAACCACCCAGACCCCCAACCCCCAGUCUCAGCUACAGCAACCCCACUCCCACCCCCACAACUACCCAGACCCCCAGUCUCAGCUACAGCACCUCCACAACCACCCCCACAACUACCCAGACCCCCAGUCUCAGCCUCAGUUACUGUAUUCCCACUCUGACCCCCAGCCUCAGCCAAGGCCCUGGGCCAACCACCGCCUCAAUACCCACUCCCAGACCUCCAGGCGGCCCCAGCUCCAGCGCCAGCCACGUCUGCCUCCAUGCCCAGUAGGGAGAAUGGAUCCUGGGUACGGACCGUAG